AUGACGGUUUCUUACACCCUUGAAGUGGCCGAUGCACAAUUUGGUGGCUUCUCCAAGCUCCUGUUCAGGUGGAAGGGAAGCAUCUACAGGCUGCUUUACAAAGACUUCCUGGUGUUCUGUGGCGUUUAUCUGUUUUUCAGUGUGUUUUACAGGUUCCUCCUCACACCAAAGCAGCAGGAUCUGUUUGAGCGUAUCGCCCUUUACUGUGACCAUUUCACAAACACCAACUUCAUCCCAGUUUUGUUUGUACUGGGUUUCUAUGUGACCCUGGCCUUUAACCGAUGGUGGGGUCAGUACACCAGCUUCCCUCUGCCUGAUAACCUGAUGAUGGUGGUGUCUGGGAACGUCCACGGGGCAGACGAGAGGGGGCGUCUGCUGCGACGAACACUCAUGAGAUAUGCCAAUUUAUCUUCGGUUCUUAUCCUCCGCUCCAUCAGCACAAGAGUCCACAGGCGUUUCCCAACUUUGGAGCACAUAGUGGAGGCUGGAUUUAUGACCACACACGAGCUGGAGAAGUUUGAGUCGCUGCACUCUGAUUUCAACAAGUACUGGAUGCCUUUGACGUGGUUCUCCAACCUGGCGUCCAGAGCGAGAGAGGAGGGUCGAGUGAGGGAUGACAUCGCUCUGAGACUGCUGAUGGAUGAACUGAAUAAGUACAGAGGCAAGUGCAGCCUCCUGUUCCACUAUGACUGGAUAAGCAUCCCUCUGGUCUACACUCAGCUAGUUACUGUAGCAGUUUACUCUUUCUUUGCCUUCUGUGUGAUCGGCCGACAAUUUCUGAACCCUGAGAAAGGAUACAAGGAUCACAAACUGGACAUGUACGUCCCUGUUUUCACCCUGCUGCAGUUCUUCUUCUACGCCGGCUGGCUCAAGGUGGGGGAGCUGAUCAUCAAUCCGUUCGGCGAGGACGAUGAUGACUUUGAAACCAACCAGCUGAUUGACAGAAACAUUCAGGUGUCAAUGCUGGCUGUAGAUGAUAUGUACCAAAACCUGGCUCCAAUUGAGAAGGACAAGCACUGGGAGCAGAGGCAUUUCUCCAUCCCCUACACUCUGUCCACAGCAGCAGAGACUCUCAAACCGGCCUUCAGAGGCUCCACCUUUGACAUGAGGAUGAGUGCGGAGGAUCUUGAGAUUCACCAGCCUGCAGACACUCCUGGAAAGAAGCAGUAUUUACCUCUUAAGGGCUCUCUAGGCGACGGCCUCAACAGUCUUCUGCAGAGGGGCAAAGGUCUCCUGCGAGGUGGGAGCCUCCCUUCUCUGAUAGACAUCUCAUCAUCACACCCAAAUGAGGAAGAUGAUGCUGAUGCUUUUCCUGACGGCGACAUCAACACCACCAACCACAAAGAACAACAUUAUGAAUUGAUUAAAGUUACAGUGGAACACAACUAG